UUGUGUGUCGCGGACUGCGUUUGCUUAUUUUUAAUUAUUAAAAUGAUUUAAUUUCAAAGAAAAUAAGCUUAGUUAUGGACGAAAACGAUUUCUUUAAACAGACAGUACAACACCUGGCGCGAUGUCUUUCAUGUAUAAAUCCAACACCAUGGGAAAAGGUGAAUACCCUGUUUAUGCUAUGUCCACAAGCUUCGAGCAGUUUGGUCGUGAACCCGAAGAGUCAGGAGGCCAGCAUAGCCCUCGGACUAUACUUCUUGCAGAGCGGGCUGCAGCAUCAAGACAAACUGUUACCAUACUUCAUAAAGAUAUUGAAAUGCCUUACCAAUGCAGAGUUUGAGGAGCCAUUGUGUAGAAAUGACAAUGCGGAUCGUAUACCAAUGUCAGAAAAGUUCAGUUUCUGUCUCAACACACUGCUAUCAGACGUGGCGACGAAACAGCCCUCCCUACGCGAGGAGAUCGUCACCGCACAAAUAGAACUUAUGUCCAACCUCACAAAGAUCAUAAUCAACUGCCACGAAAGGAAAGACUCUAGUCCCAUUACAAAACUCCACCUCUGCAAGAGCACUGUGCCCAUUCUCAUAGGACUAGCUCGGUCUAUGGGCAGAUAUGCUACAGUGGAACCUCUACUACUAUGUAGAUUGUUUCCUCAGCCCAGCAGUCCUGUCAAAACCAAAGAACCUGAACCAAAUUUCGAAUAUUCCACCAUAGACAAGAAGAGAAAGUUUAACCAGUUUCGCCCAAUCAUUCCCAGGUCUUUAUCUGGGAAUUUGAACCCCAAUAAUGAGAUUAUAAUUGAAAAUGGUGGGGAUACAGUUGAUAGUACAGGAGGCACACUCAAAAGGGGUUCUCUUCAAAGCUAUAACUCAGUACCAUAUGAUCCAACGACAUACUUCUUCCACAAAUUUGGAUCUAGUUUUAACCAGUUUCCUUACAUGAGGUUUCCUGAGUCCCCUGAAAAGAGGAUCAAUGUGCAGUUUUAUGUGACUUAUCUGCAGUCCAUUCUAUCGUUGGCAAAGAAAAUUUUGACCAAAGAUUUGUUGGCAUUUCUGGACGAGGAAGCUGAAGAUAUAUUUGCUUCAGGACAAAUUCAAGUAUUCCCUUACAAAUCAUUCUCGGAAACAUUAAACUUAGUCAUGGUGACACUAUUGCGAGAUAUUCUGCAGCAUCAGAAAGAUUUACCGGGGCCCUUCACAAAAGAUGUCCAGCAUAAGGGUAAGAUUGGGAAUGGGACUAAAGAACAGAUCCAAGAGUUCGUAAAAUGUCUGUUCCUGAGCGGGCAAACAGAGCUUCAGAGUCGACACCAUGACGCCUCGGAGAAAGAAGACAGAGAGAGCAACUACGCCACUGUCAACAAGUUCAAAGUCAACGUAAUGGCGAAUUCUGCCUGCGUGGACUUACUGGUGUGGGCGAUCGGGGAUGAAACAGUGGAUCAGGACUUUACCGUGCCAGCUCUAAUUAACGCUCUAACUAUAUUGAUAGGUGCUGACUCGUUGUGUGGAAGACUCACAGAGAAAAUAAAUUCGAAUCACAACCAUAAGCUAAUAUUAGCGCACAUGCCUCUACUGAUGGUAUGCUUAGAGGGUCUAGGCAAAUUAGCAACAAAGUUUCCAACGAUAGCCAACACGUCGAUAUACUGUCUACGUGACUUCCUCGUCACACCUUCCCCCAUACUGUUCAAGCUGCACAAGCUAGACUUGGAGAAGUCUGGCAAGGAGCAUAAUAAUAUGAAGGUCACUGUGCAAGGAAAAGAGAUGCCAGGCAUCACAGAAGCCCGUGUGCCGACAAAAUCUACACCCUUCGAGAAGCUUCGAGACGCGGCGAUCGAGAAUCUAUGCGUAGCGUUGGAGGCCGCACUACAAGUUGACCAGUUCUGUGUGCCGGCGCUUGUCGGCUCCGUCAGCAAUAGGCUGUUCACUGCAGAAACAAGCGAUAGCGAGUCGUCUCUUAUAAGCACGAAUAUCGUCAUAAUGCUGGGUCACGUGGCUGUGGCGCUCAAAGACACGCCCAAAACCACAGAUACUAUACUGCAGUUCUUCCAGCAGAGGUUAUGCCGCGCACCAUCAUCCCUGGAUACGCUGAUCGUUGACCAGCUCGGCUGCAUGGCGCUAGCCAGUCCCGAGGGUCCAGCCCACGACGAGAUCAUGAAGAUGUUCACCGUCAUCACAGUGGAAGCGGCCAGUGCUUCGUACCAGCAUACGGAUGAUAGGAAGCAGUAUAGGCAUGUAUCGGGCGCGGUGUUGAACGCGCUCGCGAACAUCGCGGCGAACGUGUGCGGCACGAGCGCCCGCUUCGAACUGCUGACGCGGCUGCUCGAGCUGUUCGUGCAACUUGGAUUGGGCGGUGAACGCGCCACCGACCGCUCGCCAGCGCCCGUGCUCAAGGCCUCAGGCAGCGCCGGCAACUUGGGUGUUCUGAUACCGGUUAUUGCGGUUCUAGUCAAGCGGUUACCACCCAUACGUAACCCCAAACCCCGACUACACAAGCUAUUCAAGGACUUUUGGCUCUACUGUGUAGUGAUGGGAUUCACGGCCGCAGAGUCAGCAAUGCGAAAGCGUCUAUGGCCGCAAGAGUGGUACGCCGGAGUAAAAGAGAUAGCAGUUAAAUCACCUUUCCUUGUCUCGCAAACGUCUUUACGUUCGGAAAUGAGAGAGCUGCAAUAUACUUCAGCUGUGAGAAACGAUUCGGUGUCAAUUAAUGAACUACAAGAACUAAAGACACAGAUUUUGAACUUGUUGGAUCAUCAGCCAGAUGUGACAGUUAUAGUGAACAAGCUGACUUUUGCCCCGUGUAUGUACAUUUUGAGUGUAUAUUGGCUGGAGACUCUGAGAGUAAGCAACUCUCCCGAGCCGAGUUUGCAACAUAUUAUUGAGUAUCUGAGUGAUACGGCCUUGCAGAAGGAUAAAAGUGGAAUGUGGCUCUGUGUUGCCAGUGUCGGCGACAAAGUAUUCCAGAAAUUUUUGGACGUGAUGUCACAGAAGGUGAAGGACGAAGCCAGGGAAAGGGAAUUGGAGAAACACGCGCAAUUUCUAUUGGUCAAUUUCAACCACAUACAUAAACAGAUACGACGAGUGGCCGACAAGUGGCUUGCCGGAUUGGUGGACAGAUUCCCCCAUCUGUUGUGGAAUUGCCAGGUUCUCUGGUCUAUGUUAGAUAUACUGCAAGUUUUAAGCUUCAGUUUGGAAUUAGACGCAAAUCAAGAAACACCCCUACUAAAAGUUCCGGGCACUGACUUUACGAUGCAACUACAAGAUACGUUAGAAGGACGAGAGGUGAUAGUAAAAGAUUUUGCGGAUCGCUGUCACGGUAUUGUUCAAGAGGCGAUGAAAUGGGCGCCGCAGUCGACGAGGUCUCACCUGCAGGAGUAUUUGAAUCAGGUGCCCAACUCGACGCUCUGGCAUCACUGCGGGUUGGCGCUGGCGACGGGCGCGCUGCUGGGUGCGGCGGGCCUGAACCGACUGUCGGCGCCGCUGCCCCGCGCCGCCAUCGACAAGCGCCCGCUCUGCGUCACGCACGACUCCGCCGCCCUGCUCGCUAUAGUCAGCCAGCGAAGUAGAUACGCUGGAGAGGUGUCCGGUGCGGUGAUGGCGGAGGGCGGGGGUGAAGCAGCAGUGUGGCGGGUCGGGGCCCGCUUACUGUCUGCCUUACGCGAGGCGUCCGCGUCUAAGAGCGAGCCACAACACCGUGCUGCGCUGUGGCGCUGUGCGGCGCUGCUGGUACACGCACGCGUGCACGCCACGCCCACUCCGGCGCCGCCCACCGCGCCGACCGCGCGUGCGCUGCUGCAGGCUGUAGCCUGGUCCCAAGUGGAUCUCUUCACUGAGGAUGCGGUCACGUCUGCGGUGGAGUGCUGGCAGUGGCUGACGACGGCGCGGCCGGACCUGGAGUUGCGGCUGGUGCAGGAGGUGUUCGCGGCGUGGCAGAGCACCGUCGACCGCCGCAUGGGGCUGUUCUCCCGCCAGCAGGACGAGAUCAGCCCCCUGGCGGCGCACGAAGGAGCGAAACUAGAGCCGCGGCCGCCAUCUGUCGCGGCGCACGCUGUAUGGGUGCGGUAUCUAUGCGAGGUUGCCGAGACUGCCAAAUACAACAGUCUAGAGAAGGUAGAAAUGCUGGCCAGCUUGUUGCAUAGAUCACUACCAAUAACUGUGGGUGAUCCUAGGGACUACAUGAAUCGACAUGUUGAUGCUGCUGGAGUUAGAUUCAAACUCCUAUCCUGCGGUCUAUCUCUACUCCAAGGCGACAUACUACCCCGCUCUCUAGCGCGCAACAUUCUCAGAGAGCGACUCUACAGCGUCUGCUUAGACUACUUCUGUCGGGGCCUGCAAUGCCCCAGUAAAAGCAGUGGGGCACUCAGAGAAGACAUCAUCUCUAUGAUCAAGUUCUGGCAGUUGAUGCAUUCGGACAAGAAGUAUUUGAAGAGCAGCGAUAUAGGAGCUGACUUCGAGGUAAUGGGUCCGAGCAACCAGAGCGUGUACACGACGGCGUCAGUUGACAACCGCUCCUCCAUCAACAGCAGCGACAUCGGCAGUCGACAGACCACGGGCUGGAUCAACACGGUGCCAAUGUCAACUACAACACUGAGCAGCGGCGCGGGCUCCGUCGCCGGCAAGCGCUCCAACCGCAGCAUCAAGCCGCCCAAGACGCAGGACUCGUUUGUCAAGGACUAUGUUAAGAAGAGGAACCUUAUAUUGGAGCUGAUGGCCGUCGAGAUAGAGUUUCUAGUCACAUGGCACAAUCCACACGGGCGGCCGGAGAUGGUAAUACCGGGCGAGGACAACAUCACGACUUGGCGAUCAAAGCCGAACACCGAUAAGAUUUGGCGGGAUUAUACUAAGCUGGCGUGGGAUAUUAGCCCCACGCUCGCUGUGUUCUUGCCUGAGAGACUGAAGAACGACGAGAUAGUCGCGGAGAUCAAGCGGCGCGUGCAGCAGAACCCGACUGCAGUGUGUCACGUGCCGCAGGCGCUCAAAUACCUCGUCACAACUGAGAACCUGCUCAACGACGCACAGGAGCUGGUGCACAUGGUGACGUGGGCCCGCGUGUCCCCGCCCGAGGCGCUGGCGUAUUUCAGCCGGCAGUUCCCCCCGCACCCGCUGUCCGCGCAGGCCGCCGUCGCCGCCCUCACCUCCUACCCGUCCUCCGCGCUGCUGCUCUACAUACCGCAGCUGGUGCAGGCGCUGCGCCACGACACCAUGGGCUAUGUAUCGGAGCUGAUCAAGUCCCUCGCUAAGAAGUCGCAGGUGGUCGCGCAUCAGCUAAUCUGGAACAUGCACACCAACAUGUACACUGACGAGGAGAUGCAGAAUAAAGAUACUGCCCUCUACGAUACAUUAGAAGCGCUAACCAAGAACAUAGUGGACUCUCUCUCGGGUCCAGCUAAAGCGUUCUACGAGCGGGAAUUCGAGUUCUUCAAGCAGAUAACUGACAUCAGCGGCACGAUACGACCGUACCCGAAGGGGGCGGAGCGAAAGCGGGCGUGCUUGGAGGCGUUGAAAAAUAUUAAGGUUCAACCAGGCUGUUAUCUACCUUCAAAUCCAGAUUCUAUGGUGAUCGACAUAGACUACAAGAGCGGCACGCCCAUGCAGAGCGCGGCCAAAGCGCCGUAUCUCGCACGGUUUAGAGUUCGUAAAUACGGCAUAGACGAGAUGGAGGCUGUUGCUAUGGCCGUCGCCGCGGGGGAAAACCCGCCCGCUGAGGAAGGCAAGGAUCGUUUCACGUCGAUGGCGGCGGAGACGUGGCAGGCCGCCAUCUUCAAAGUUGGCGACGACGUGCGGCAGGACAUGUUGGCGCUGCAGGUUAUCUCGCUGUUCAAGAAUGUAUUCCAGCAAGUGGGGCUGGAUCUGUACUUGUUCCCAUACAAAGUCGUUGCGACCGCCCCAGGGUGCGGCGUGAUAGAGUGCGUGCCGAACGCGAAGUCGCGCGACCAGCUCGGCCGGCAGACCGACAUCGGCAUGUACGAGUACUUCCUCAAGAAGUACGGAGACGAGACCACCAGGGAGUUCCAGGCGGCGCGGCGGUGCUUCGUGACGUCGAUGGCGGCGUACAGCGUGAUCGGGUUCCUGCUGCAGAUCAAGGACAGGCACAACGGCAACAUCAUGCUGGACACAGACGGACACAUUAUUCACAUCGACUUCGGUUUCAUGUUCGAGUCGUCACCCGGCGGCAACCUGGGCUUCGAGCCGGACAUCAAGCUGACGGACGAGAUGGUGAUGGUGAUGGGCGGCAAGAUGGAGGCGCCGCCGUUCCGGUGGUUCUGCGAGCUGUGCGUGCAGGCCUUCCUCGCUGUCAGGCCGUACCAAGAAGCCAUCAUAUCCAUGGUCUCCCUGAUGCUGGACACCGGUCUUCCUUGCUUCCGGGGUCAGACGAUCCGGCAGCUACGUUCCCGCUUCGCGCCCAAUUCCACCGAAAAAGAAGCGGCGGCUUACAUGUUGUCCGUCAUACGAAACUCCUUCCUCAACUUCCGAACCAGAACUUAUGAUAUGAUACAGUAUUACCAGAAUCAGAUACCGUACUAAAUACUAUGUUGUCUACUUUAAGGUAUAGUCAAAAGUAUAUUGUGUAGUCGAAAUCCUUACUUAUAUUGUAGGUAAAUGUGGAAGUUACUGUCUGUUACCUCUUUAAGAUUAAACAGCUGGUUUAGCAGUUUAAUCGAUUUAGACUAUAUUUCGUUUAGAGAUACUUGGAGAGACGGGAAAGAACAGAUAGUUUUUGUUGCGGAAAAAUCUACGGUUUCCGUGCGAUAAACGA